GUUUCGGGCUGUUGCUGUGAUGUCAUCGCCCAAACGAAAUUUGAAUUUUGUAAAGGGACGAGAGAAAAACGCUGUUUCAGACUGCGACUGUUUUCGCCGAGGUAAGAGCUUUUACAUUUAUUCCUGAGAAACAUGUCACAUUUCUCUUAAGACAGCGGAAAAAUUUCAUACGAAGUCAGAAAUAAGUCGUUCUAGUUGACUCAUUGCAUGCAUAUAUCGCAGUUUGUCGGUUAACUUUGGCUGAGCCUCGUUCGUUAGUCGACACAGGCAUUACGGGUCAGUGAUUAUGUGAAAAUAGUGAAAUAAAAACCCCUUGAAUUAAAGUUUAUAUCCUUCAUAAGCGAUAUUAACGUCAGCUCUCAUUACUUAGUAUCGCUCUGCCAACAUAACUCAGCUUAAGGGUAAUGUUUGCUCUGUAAGGUAUUGAAUUCAGAUGAUCUUGGUCUACAGGUGGUGUGCAAACCUGGUUAAGAUGGCGCAUUUUGGCUUUGAGAACGACAUCCACAGCAUCCUGAGGCUGGACAAGCCGAUUACAGACGCUCCGAUGGCGAGGUGGCAGAGGAAGGCCAUCGCCUCCAACAACACCUCCGUCCUCAGCGGGUUAUCACCUUCGAAAUCCGGCAACACCUCCAUCAGCUCUUCAAAAACUCCCAACAAAACACCAGGUCCACUGAGUGUUCACGUUUCUAUUUAAUAACUGCUUUGUGCUUUACUUUCUGGUUUGUUAAGUACAGUUUUGGAUAAACUUUUGUGUUUUUUCAACAGGAAAAAACAAAAAACAAACCCCCUCAAAGAUGGGGGGCGAUCGCUUCAUUCCCACCAGAAACAGCAAACAGAUGGAUGUGGCAAGUUUCCUGCUUUCUAAGGAGAAUGAGCCAAUGGAAACCAGCAACACAACAGGAACAGCUGUAAGUUAAUGUACUACAGCAGCAUGUUUGGACCACCGCAACUGAGUAAACUAUUCCUAUUCUAUAAAAUUAACUGAAAAACAACAUUUUUAACAUAUUUUUGUAAUCUGAAAGAAUUUUCUAAGUUUGUACCACUUAUAAUCUUGAUUUUAUGGUAGUUACUUCAAAAAUAUUAACCCUCCUAUUGUGCUUGGGGUCACUUUGACCCCAUUCAAUGUUUAUCAUUUGAAAAAUAAUGGUUGACUUUUGUUUUUUUGCUUCAUAUUUCAUGACUUUUCCUAAUUUGAUGGGGACAACUAAUCAAGAUUACAUGAUUUUUUGUAGUUGUUCUUGAAAAACAAAUCCUUCAUGUGGAGAAAUCAAAACAAAGUAGUUUCUCACAAGAGUUUAAAAUUUGCAUCUAUUGUUUUAUUUCAUGGAGAUUGUCCCAUUGUUUUUAUGUAUUUCAUUAUUGUGCUUUUGCAAAUUGACAUUUUUAAUUAUAAGAUUAUUUUUUCCCCUAGGAAAACCAGAAAGCCUGGUCUAUGUCACUGAACGGAUUCAACGUGGAGGAUGCAAAGAUCCUGCACCUUGGAGGGAAGCCGCUGAAUGCUCCUGAAGGUCAGGAAGUCUGCCCGCUCAGCUUGCAUACAAGUAGAAAUUGGGGGUUUCGUUAUUAAUUGUUAUUUUCUAAUCAAAUUUUCAGGCUAUCAGAACAACCUGAAGGUGCUUUACAGUCAGGGUACAACUCCUGCGUCUGUCAAAAAGACGAGAUACAUCUCCUCAACACCAGACAGAAUCCUGGAUGCUCCUGAGCUUCGAAACGAUUUCUGUAAGUUUACCUCUAAAAGUGUGAUAAUAAAGACACUGAGUUUUUUGCUUAUGUCUUUUUUUUGGAGUUCCAGUAUGCCAGGUUUACAGCCUAUCUUGCUCGUCCUCUUGCUACAUGCUCGUCGACCAAGCUACUUUCCUUCUUUUUUGAUGCAGAUCUGAAUCUGUUUGACUGGAGCAGCAGAAACGUUCUAGCUGUGGCUCUUCAUAACAGCGUCUACCUGUGGAACGCCUCGCAGGGAGACAUCACUCUGCUCAUGAAGCUGGACAGCGAGGAGGACUACGUCUGCUCGCUGUCCUGGACCAAAGAAGGAAGCUAUCUCGCUAUUGGGACCAGCGACUGUAAAGUUCAGGUUAGUAGGAUGAUAAGUUCACACAGUCAGACUGUUUGUAAAGGUCUGGAUUAACUUGUUAUGAUCCUCAACUCUGUUUUAAAUAAAAGAAAGUCUUUUAGAAAUCUCGUAUGAUUCAAGAAGUUAACUUGCAUACAGAAGACAGCUGAUAUCCAGUCUUUGCAGCUGAUAUUUGUUUCAUGGUUCAAAUCUUUUUCUGAAGUUGUGGGACGUUGACAACCAGAAACGUUUACGCAGCAUGGCCAGCCACACCUCUCGGGUCGGAAGUCUGACCUGGAACGAGCAUGUCCUCUCCAGGUACACCUGCCUCCUUUUUACCUGAUCCCAAAGCGCCUAAAAACAAUCUUUCUUUGAGUCUAAUGUAGUUUGUCCCGCCCACAGCGGCUCAAGAUCUGGACACAUCCACCACCAUGACGUGAGGGUGGCGGAGCAUCACAUCUGCACGCUCACAGGUCACUCUCAGGAGGUGUGCGGGUUGAAGUGGUCACCUGACGGCCGGUUCCUAGCUAGUGGAGGAAACGACAACCUGGUUUGUGUGUGGCCGCGUGCGCAGGAGGGCGGGAACGCCAACCAGCCAGUGCGCUGCUGGAGCGAACACCAAGGGGCUGUCAAGGUCAGUCACACCUACCACUGUCCUCCAGGAUAAGGUUUAAAGAGUCUUUGUUAUCAACUGUUCUGAAUUUGAAAGUAAUUUUUAAUGUUUUAUGACUGGAGGCUUUAGCCUGGUGUCCCUGGCAACCAAACAUCCUGGCCACAGGAGGCGGGACCAGCGACCGUCACAUCCGCAUCUGGAACGUGAACAGCGGCUCCUGCAUCAGCUCACUGGACACUCAGUCACAGGUGGACACACACUUUUACAUCUGUUUGGACGACAGCCCAAAAUAAUGAGUUGUUAUGUUAAGAUUGCCUGAUCAUGAGAAACCUCGGUCCAACUUUGGGUUUCUGUCAGUUUGCAAACAGCUGCAGACGCUCAGUGGCAAUGACACAAGAUGACGCAUUACAAAAAUUUCUCACUGACAAAGAAUGCAGAGUUUUCUGUGGAGUGGAGCCACAGCAGUGCCUACAUAUACCAGAAUGCAUUGCAGCCUCAGUCUCUACUGACUGCCUUUCUGCUGUGUAACUAUUCUAGUUUAAUGUUUCCUUAUCUAGACCAUCAAAUACUUUAAUACGUCACUGACAUCUCUGCUUGCAGUUUAGAUGUGCUCAGCAAGUUUUCAACAAAAGUGAAUGAAAAACUAUAAAUCUUUUAGGAAACAUCUUAUUAAAGAAAUGACUAUACAGGCCAGGACUUAAUAGAUUCUGCACUGACUAAUUCCCUCCCUUAGUUUACAAUAUGGACUUACUGUUAAUCCAGCACGGUGCCUCUGGUUUUUAGAUCUCAUCGCUGAUUUUUGCUCCAAACUACAAAGAGCUGGUUUCUGCUCACGGCUACGCUCACAACAACGUGGUCAUCUGGAAAUAUCCGUCUCUCACCAAAGUCGCUGAGCUCAACGGUAAACCCUCUUUCUUUGUUCACACACGACACAAUUUGAAUCAAACAUGCUCUAAACUGGAAAUAGAUGAGUCUGAACAUGGUGCUUUUUUAAUUUCAGGUCAUGAGGACAGAGUCCUGAGUCUGACUAUGAGCCCCGACUGCUCUACGAUCGCAACUGUCGCCGGAGAUGAGACAAUUCGCCUGUGGAAGAGCUUUGAGGUGGAUCCUGUGAAGAAGAAGGCCAAAGAGAGGAUGACUAAACCCACCAACAGCGUCAUCCACCAGUCCAUCAGAUAGAUCAGGAACACUGCAGAUGCGGUAGAUCUUUUGUUUUACAGUCAAUCCAUGAACAUGCAAAUGAGCUGUGUGCAAAUGUUUAAUGAUCCACAAUAAAGGUUUAUACCACAGGUCGAGGGGUUCUCAAACUGAGAGGCUGAAUUUGAAGGGUGUUUGUAGUAAUAGAUACUUCAUAUUUAUCUCUAUUAUUGAUUAAAUUUCGACCCUGCAGCUGCACAGAUGAAUCUCAUCCAGUUUAAUCUGAACCUGUUUUCUGUUCAUUCUGCUGUAGUUGCUAAACCUCUGUUGUAUUUGAUGUAUCUGAGGUUUGAUUCAAGUUUGAGGCCAUAAAGUUCAGUGACAGAUAGUAUUUAUGAAACUCAGUGUUCAAGUCGUUCUUUUAACCAUGUGUUAAACAGUUCACAUUGUCACUUUUUCUCCUGUUAAUAAAGUCAUUGUUAAAAGCCUUAACAUUUGUCUUUGCCCCAUUUUCAAUCAAAUUAAAUGUUUUACAGAAUUUC